AGGGGUGGGGUUGCCCGCUCUUUUGUUUUUUACUACUACUACGCUGAAUAUUGUGUGCGGAUUGGCUUGUCGUACAGGGGUACUACUUGGUAAAAUAAAUCUCUUCGGCUAAAACAGGAUAAUUCAGAUCGAACUUCACUUGAAUCAUGUGAGACAUGUGAACCAAUGGACAACUGUCCGUUCUUCAAGAACCUUUCUGAGGCGGACCAAGCCAACUGGCGGGAGAGAUAUGACUGUGAAGACGCUUCUAGUAAUACCAAACCUAUCUAUGGAUUUUCCUCAUCAGCUAAAGGAGAUCUGGUAUGCUGUCCCGAAAAUGUGUGGCAAGUGGAGAACCCAUCACCACAGCCUUCUUCUACCGAGCGACCCAAACAAAUCUCCAGUACAACAACAAGUACAACAGAACAGCCAGUGAAAAUGGAAAAAAAUAGUUUCCUUAACCAACCGAACUUCAAUUCACCGAUUUAUCCUGGUUAUCCAAACGGUUUUACUGGUAACCAGUUUAAUCCUGGUUUCCAAGGCUAUCCUAAUACUGGUGGCCAGUACCCCAAUACUGGUGGCCAGUACCCCAAUACUGGUGCCCAGUACCCAAAUACUGGUGCCCAGUACCCAAAUACUGGUGCCCAGUACCCAAAUUCUGGCACCCAGUACCCAAAUUCUGGCGCCCAGUACCCAAAUACUGGUGGCCAGUACCCAAAUACUGGUGGCCAGUACACCAAUACUCCAUUACCCCAAUUUGGUAACCAAAGAUUGACUGGCAACCAGUUCAACAACCCAGGGCCUAAUGGAAACGGCUACCAAGUUUAUGAGAAUGACAAUGAGCAUGGUGGUUUGAACGGUGGCAAUUUGGGCGGCCAGCAAGGUUUUGACAAUGGGAACAGUGCUGGUAAUCAGUUAGGUAACCAAAACGGUAACCCUUACGAUAACGGAUUCGAAAUGCGCCGCGGGAAGGGUCCUGACAAUAACGCGCAGAAUCCGUACUUUCUGCCGGCCGACAGGAAGGAUAAUUCUCUUACGGGAACAAACUUAGGUGGACAGUGUCCCGUAACGAGCUUCCCGCCGGAUCCCGACUCGGGAUGUUGCGGGCGGGAGGCGACGGACCCUGACAGCGACGCCGCUUCGGGAAAUGGGUACCCACAAUCAAACUGGGCGCCUCACAGGAACCAGCCAAGCCGGGGGUCUCGGCCUCUCUGGCCGCAGUCUGAUAGAGUCAAGAGGGAAGAUGUCAACAUUACAUUGGACAAUCGUAUUGCAGGUGGCAAAGAAACAGAGCUCGAACAGUUCCCAUGGACCGUUCUGCUGAAGACCAUAUUCGUUUACCCCGACAAGGAGGUCGCUUUCUCAUGUGGCGGCUCCCUCAUCAGCUCUCGCUACGUCCUCACAGCUGGACACUGUAUCGUUGAUAGCAAGGGCACCGUUAAAGACGUCGAGAUAUACCUAGCGGAGUACGACAAGCGGACCUUCCCUAAGGACUGUAAGAAUGUACUGGGGAAAGGACAAGUGUGUGUGGAAAACAUAGUGAUGCACGCGGAAAAUCUCCACUUACACCCUGAGUAUGACGACAACAGGCUUCACAAUGACAUCGCAUUGAUAAGACUUCGUGGCAAUGCGCCUUAUACCGACUACAUCCGCCCAAUCUGCCUGCCGCCCAUAAACGUGGACAGCCCAGAGCUGUCCAACUUGCGUCUCGCGGUCGCCGGCUGGGGACGCAACGGGCAGUACAAGUCGAACAUCAAACAAUCCACCGUCGUCAACUUGGUGCCGCAAAGCGACUGCAGGAGCGCUUACCCGGGCCUAACGAGGAUGCAGGUCUGCGCAGCCGGGUACACCGGGGAGGACACAUGCAAAGGCGACUCCGGAGGGCCGCUAAUGAUGAUGUACGCAGGGAGGUAUUUCGUAUCAGGGGUGGUUAGCGGGAAGAGGGCCGACGCGCCUUGCGGGACCUCCGUACCUUCUUUGUAUACCAAUGUCUACCAGUAUCUGCCCUGGAUUAGGAGUAUGAUGCAAAAGUGAUGUACUGAAUAAUUUAAUUGAAGUUUAGCAAAAACAAAUGAAUUUAGAAUAUUAUUCUAGCCCGCAAAAAACAAAAUAGUAUGAAGUAAAGCGUGUCAAUUAAUUCAUCGUGCUUAAAGCAAUCUACGAGUAGUUAAUUAUUCGGGCAUAAUUAAGCUUUCUAAGUUUGAUCAUGUGAUUGGACGAGCUUUUGCAAAUACCAAAUAAUUGCAUUAAUAAUUAAUACUCCUAUAAUAAUAUGACUACAACUUUUUCGAAGGUUAUGUACCUACACACGUCCACAGUGUUAACUAUCCAUUUCCGAUUUUGCUCUCGCUCUCAUCAAAUGGUGAUUCUUUGCGAUAGAACGAGACGACAUGACCGGCAAUGGGCAGUUAACACUGUUGCCGAUAGUACAUACUUACUAUUAAUAAUACGCACUAAGUUCAUCCUGUCGCGUAUCCUCUUUUCUGUUACUGACUUGUAAUGUGAAUCUAAAAUUAACUAUUUUCUCAAGUUUGUAAACUUUGCCUAUUUCUAAUCACUAGUUGUAAAAUUUCAAAGUGUAUUGAAUUAAUGUAAUUAGUUAUAAAUAUUUUAUUAAUAACGACGCAACGUUUGUAGGUAAAUAAACUAUUGAUAUUGAAGCUUAAUGAAGACGAUCCUAUAAGUUUUAUUUUGCUCGUUUAAAUUGUAAUUAAGAUAUUUCUUACUGCAAUCUACUUAAUUAGAUGAAAAUUCAUUUAAUGAUAUAAAUCUAGUCUUAUGAAUA